AGAAGGAGAAACACCCCAAUUUGCAUUGCUCUUGCACCUUACCACAUCUAUAUUCCCACACACACCCUCUUAGUGCUGGAAAUGUCAAGAAAGAAUCAAAAGCCUUUCCGGGGCCAGGCCUGGAGAGCUAAGGAGACCUUGGAUCUUCUGGAUAUCUGGGGAAAGGAGGUCAUCCAGGAUCAACUCCGCAGCUGCUAUUCCAAUAUAGAGGUCUUCAAGUACAUUGCCAAUAAAAUGGCCGAACGGGGCCAUCAACGCAAUGCUGAGCAGUGCCGGUCAAAGACCAAGUGCUUGAGGCAGCAGUAUAAGAACUCAGACUCUGGGAAAACCUGUAAGUAUUAUAAACAGCUGCACGAGAUUCUCAAGGGGGAUCCGAGUGUGCAACCCAAACCGGCUGUCGCUCCCAGCCUAGAACCCCAACACUCCCUGAUAGCACAGCCUGGACCACAGGAGCUGUUCACCCCUGCCCGGGUCACCAUCAGCAUGGAUCUUCCCUCAAGAGCAAACGAAUUGGCACAACCCUCGACAUCGACUUCUCAGCCGCCGCCAGCGAAUCUGCAGAGCCGGGUCAACAAUGCCGCUCCCCAAACGACGAUGCCCCGUGCAGUGCUGCCUCUGGCCACCCGCCGUGCCCCAAUACGGAGGACCAAGAAAAAGACCACGGGGAGGACGGACGAGACCCUCCAGGCCUCUGUGCGUCAGGUGGCCAGAACAGCUGCCAGAGCAAGUGAAGACAUCAAAGAGGUCCUCGCCCUGACCCAGGAGAAUGGCAGGAAGAUGGCCACUGCCCUGGAAGGGUUGUCUGCUAGCAUCAAUGAACUGAAGGCGGCUUUCCAAAGGAGCGUGGGAGGACGCGGCCCCUCUCUGCUCUUAUACCCCCACUGAUGAACCUCCCCAUGUUAUCAAGGCGUUUCCUUCCUCUUCUUCUUCCUCCGCCCCCCUCGGAUCCCUGAUGAUGGAGCUGGAGGACAUCAGCACCCUCCCCCAGCAGAAAGAGGGCACUGCAAGCCACCCACUUCCAGCCCCCACCAGUGUCCCCUCUCACUGGGAUUCCCAGAUGUUGUUGACUACAACUCCCAUAAUCCCCAGCCAAAGGCCAUUCCAGCUGGGGAUGCUGGGAGUUGUAGUGAACAGCUGGGGGUCCCUGUUAGAGGGGACACUGUCCCCCACCCCAGCGAUUGGUCAGUGUUGAUAGCCAGGGGCGUAGCUAUAAUUGAGCGAAAGGGUUCAAAGAACACGGGCCCCCAGCUCCUGAGGGCCCUCCAGCUCCAUCCCUCCCUAUUUUCUUCAUUAUCUCCCUCACUCUGGGGGGCCCGCCAGAGAGAGGGAUGAACACAGGCCCUCUCUCCCCUAGCUACGCCCCUGUUGAUAGCAAUGGACCUGUUAUCCUCUGAGGCUCUUCCAGUCACCCCCCACCCAAAUCGCCAUCCCUUCUGAGGGGUUCAACACCAAGGGGAAGAGGAAGGGAACUGUCCCUUGGAGAGAGAUGCAUUAUGAUCUCUAGGAAAGGGAGCUCUAGGAACCUAUAAAGCCUGAAACAGCUUGGGCCCUGGGUAUUUAAGAGAACGUCUUCUCUGUCAUGAACCCCACCACCCAUUGAAGUCAUCUGGAGAGGUCUGUCUGCAUUUGCCACCGGCUCGUCUGGUGGCCACUCAGGGCCAGGCCUUCUCCGUCACUGCCCCGAGGCUUUGGAAUGCGCUCCCUAGUGAAAUCAGAGCCUCCCCAUCUCUUGACAACUUUUAAAAAGUCUUUGAAGACACAUCUGUUCACCCAGGCUUUAAGCUGAUAUUGUUUUGAUGGUGUUAAUGUUGUUUUUAGAAUAUUGUUUUAAAUUUCUUGGUUUUGUUUUUAACUAUAUGAUUUACUUUUGUUUUUAUCUUGUUGCAAACCGCCCAGAGAUGUAAGUUUUGGGCAGUAUAAAAAUAUGUUAAAUAAAAUAAAUAAUAAAAUAAUAAAUAAUAAUUGCUGGGA